CCGGGUGCUGCGCUCCGGAAGUGACUCGGGGGGACCGGGGGCGUGUUGAUUUCCGGGAGACGACGCUCAUGGAGGCCCCAGAGCAGCGAAGCGUCUGAGGGGGUUCGGCGGCCGUCGCCAUGUUCGGCUGCCUGGUGGCGGGCAGGCUGGUUUCCGUGCUCCUGGGGUUGUGCCAGCCAGGUGGUCAACAGCCACUGCUUAUAGACUUGGCAACCUCUUCUGCACCCUAUUUUCCUCCUACGCACAUGGGGAGCGAAGGUUAUGAAAACAUCAACCAUGUAGUGGUCUUCAUGCUGGGAACAAUACCAUUUCCAGAAGGAAUGGGAGGAUCUGUCUAUUUUUGUUACCCAGACCAGAAUGGGAUGGCAGUGUGGCAGCUGCUGGGGUUUGUCACUAAUGAGAAGCCAAGUGCCAUCUUCAAGAUUUCUGGUCUGAAAUCGGGGAAGGGAAGUCAACAUCCCUUCGGUGCCAUGAACCUCCCUCAGACACCAACAGUGGCCCAGAUUGGAAUCUCGGUGGAACUGCUGGAGAACCUGGCCCAACAGACUCCUGUUGCAAGUGCUGCUGUGUCAUCAGUAGAUUCAUUCACGGAGUUCACUCAGAAGAUGUUGGAUAACUUCUAUAACUUUGCUUCCUCCUUUGCUGUAACUCAGGCACAGAUGACCCCGAAUCCUUCUGAAGCUUUCAUUCCUGCAAAUGUAGUUCUGAAAUGGUAUGAGAACUUCCAGAGACGCCUGACACAGAACCCUCUCUUCUGGAAGACAUAAACUUCAGUUGUGGCAUUGGAAGAGCUUUCUGUUGAGCGCUAUUGGAAAGAUGCAGCAAGUAACUCCAUGAAGAAUUUUGAGGAAAAAAAACAACCAACGAUUAGUCUGAAGAGACAAACUUGUAACUUUUGUAUUACGCAUGAAAAUUAUUUAAAAUUAAAAUCCGUGAAAACUA